AUGGAAGGUCAAAUCCACGCAAGUCAAAUUGCCGGGCAGUCCGACGUCAAUCGCGCGCGAAUCGGCCCUGAACCGAGGGGAAAACCAGUUUUGCGAAUAGUUUCAUCGCAAAUACGCUCUGCAUCUCAAUUAGCAAAAGAUAAUAAAGACCAACACUCAGCGAUAACAUCUAAGGAGCAUGGUGGUUUCAUUUAUGUUAAUGCCGAAGAAAAGAGUAUGGAAAUGAGAGACAUCACAGAUAGAGCAGCUCAAACACUCUUUUGGACUGAACUUUUCCGUGGUGCUGCUGUGACACUUGCCCAUAUCUUCAAGGAGCCAGCUACUAUUAACUAUCCAUUUGAAAAAGGGCCGCUGAGCCCCCGAUUCCGUGGUGAACACGCACUUCGCAGAUAUCCAAGCGGUGAAGAAAGAUGCAUUGCUUGUAAACUUUGUGAAGCAAUCUGUCCAGCACAAGCAAUCACGAUUGAAGCUGAAGAACGAGCUGAUGGAAGCAGACGUACCACUCGUUACGAUAUUGAUAUGACAAAAUGCAUUUAUUGUGGAUUUUGUCAGGAAGCAUGUCCGGUCGAUGCUAUCGUUGAAGGUCCAAACUUUGAGUUUUCGACUGAAACACACGAAGAGUUAUUGUAUAACAAAGAAAAACUUCUGAGUAAUGGUGACAAAUGGGAGUCUGAAAUUGCUUCAAACAUUCAUGCCGAUCAUCUUUAUCGCUAAUCUGUAAAAGUCGUGCAUUGAAUAAAUAGAACAUUGAAAAAUUUAUUGUAUAAUUUAUUUGGAAUUAAAUAAAAUAACUUCCGAAGAAAACAUAAAGGAAAGCUUGAGAAAAGUUUAUUGAGUUCUAAAAACUUGAAUCGGAAAGUUCUCGUUAAUUAAGUAGUCAUCUUUAAAAAUAACUGCGAGAUUUAUCUCAAAGUUGAUUUUAAAAUUUCUAGUUUGAAGUGAGGGACAAGUAAACAAACGUGGAAAUGUCAUAUAAAUAGGAAUUUGAAGUUUCGGACAAACGUUUCCAUCAGCGAUUUGAAGAUUCUGGAUUUCUGUUGCAUCUUUACUGAAGCCUUCAGCACAUCCACAAGUUUCAACUCUCACUAGUUGAAUUUCAAUGGAUUUUACAGGAAUUUCAGAAUGAUGGAUGGUGAUGAAUCCAUUAAGUGGUUUCGUUAAACAACACAUUGUUGAGUCAAUUGUUCCUGUUAUCAGAAAUCGUGGAAUGGAUAUUCGUUCUUUUGAUGAUUUUUGUAGUGUUUCUGGGCUUAUUGAGAAGUGAACAGGAACUUGAGAUGUACGUUCAAUAGGUUUUGGUAAUUCCUGAACAAAAAACUGAACUCUUGAUAAGCAGUCUUUUGCUAAAAAUUUCCUUUUAAGCUCAGCCUUAAUAAAAUAAGUGAUUGAUACAAAAACACCAUGAUAGGUUUCAUAGAGUCUUUCGCCUUUAGUUUUCAACUCAAAUUCAAAAUCAUAUUCAUUCAAUCCCAAUACAAUUUUAGCACCCGCGGGUAAAAGUUGGUAUGACUGAUUAAUUAAAGUUAUUGGUUUGUUCACAGAAUUGUAAAAUGCAUCAAAUACACCCGUAUUUUUAUUUGAUACUUGCAUUGCAACGAAACCUUCAAUAUUUACUGUCAAUCCAUCAGCUUUUGCCUCAGAUGUGGAAUUUAUUAUGACACUUCCUUUUACUAAAUCUCCUUCAUAAUAUGUUUUAUUUGCUUUUUUCAAGCGAAUGUC